AUGAUAAUAAUAAUAGAAUUGAAUAAAUAUAAUACUUUACCUAUAAGUUUAGAAAAAAAAUAUCAUUAAAAAGAUUUAUCUGAACCUAAUAAUUUAAAGAAAAUAUUACCUUAUUACUAAGGAAAUAAAAAAAAUUAACUAAGAGAAGGUAUUGGCUGCUAAGUUUACGAAAAUGGGAAUGUUUAUGAAGGAGAAUGGAAAAAUGAUAAUAGAAAUGGAUAUGGAAUAUUGAAAGAUAAUUUUGGUAUUGAUAUUUAUAAUGGUGAUUGGAAAAAUGAUAUGUAUAAUGGGAAAGGAAGAUUAAGAAAUUUAAAUGUUCAGAUUUGUUUUAAUGAAGAAUGUGAUGAUUUUGAAAAGAUUUUUAAAUAAUGGUAGUUUUAUAGUGGUUAGUUUAUUAAUAAUUUAAUGCAUGGGCAAGGUACUUUAAUUAUUUAUGGAAAUUAUAAGUUCAUUGGGACAUUUGUUUAAGGAAAAAUUAAAGGAGAAGGAUGCUUGUUUAAAGAUAAUUUAUAAUUUGUUAAAGGGAUUUGGGAUAAUUAUGAUAUAUAAGGAAAUUAUGAGAAUUGA